AUGGGCGACAAACUAGCCGGCAUCAAAACGCUCGUCAUCCCCGCCGUCAUCUCCCUCAUCCUCUUCCUCCUCCUCACCUUCGUCGUCGUGCCCGUAUGGCGCCGCUACCGCGCCCGCUACAGCCAGUAUCUGCCCAUCGACGCAAUCUCCGAGCACACAACCUCUCUGCGCUACCGCAUCACAAACCGCAUCAUCCGCAUCAUAAGCCUCCCCUUCCGAUGGCGGCGAGAUAGGGACAUCGCCAUGGCCGGCGGCAUUACUGAUCGUGACCUCGAGGAGGGCGAGGAGCUGGAGGACAUCGACGAGGACAUUGCCCAAGUGCUUGAUGCCCUGGCCCGGUCCAGACGGCCGGACAACGAGAGACGCCUUAGCCGGGAGUAA